AUGGCGAAUAAAAAGUUUCUUCUCUCAAGGAUUGUAGUGUAUGCGGUGGCAUUCCUCUCGCUCUGUGCCGCAGCUGAGAAUCAUCGAUGUUACUGGUGUGGUCCCCUAGCGGAGCAGGUACAUCGCAGUCAGCGCGCGCUACCGUGCAGUGGUGGGCAAAUGCAGGUCACCGUCUGCGAUCCUGGAUACCAGUACUGCGCAGUUGUCGCCACCUCGCCGCCAUACAAGGAAUCAAGAUACUGUGUCAAGUUAUACCAAGAUGAGUGCUAUGCGCUCUACUGCAACUCUACCAAAACAUGGCGGAUGACUUGCCCGUGCCUCGGAGAUCUCUGCAAUGGACCUAAUACUGAACGCGAACUGGAAGCAUUCGCGGGACUUGCGAAGAUCGUAUCCAAGACACACAACACCCGGCUUAGACGAGCCUUAGUAACUACUGGACGGUUCAUAAGCUUGAAUCCUAGAAGAAACCGAAUAGACAACGCGACUGCAGAAGCUGUUGAAGAAAUUGAAAAGGAUCUCAACGCAACUAACGUUAAUAUUGAUCUGGAUACUGAAAGUCAUGACGACAAUGUAGCUAAUAUCGUAACAGAAGCAAAAAGCGAAGAACAAGUCGUUGAAACGACUCAAGUUAGUACUGAACUUCAAAAUAGUGAAGCUUCUAAUAACCCUAGUGAGAUGAUGAUUGAACCAACAAACGUGAACACUCAAAUGAAUGAUUCCGUCAUACAAGUUGAUAUUCCUAGUGAAAAUAUGGAAACCAGUAAUCUGAAAACAGAAAUUAUCUUAUUGAAUAACGAAACUGAUAAGGAUGUUGCUAAACCAAACGAAAACGUCCCAGAGGUUCAGACUACUCUUGAAGUUACAACACAGACAACUGUAGAAACAAAAGUUAUGACAGAAACAAACGCUAUGACAGAACCUACCCCAGAAGUAGUAAAAACUGCACCAACUGAAGCUAAGUUUAACAAUCUGAAGCCAAGUGAACAGUUGCCUACUGCAGAAGCUUUCCAAUUUACUGACGCAGCAACAACUAAAACUACUGAAAGUGUUAUGCUUACAAGCACAACCCAAACUACAAUGCCACUCAAAAAUAACACCGCUACCCGCUUCGAUGCACACAUACUAACCCUAGCCGUCGGCGUCGUUCUAAAUUAUAAUCUUUAA